AUGGAGGACGGCCGCGGUGCGCCGCCGUACGGGCGUGGUCCGCCGAAUGGGGACAGGUACGGCCGGGAGCCCUGGCGCGGAGACAGGCGCGACCGCGACAGAGCCGAAGGCGGUCGCUACGGGGGCCCGCCGGGGCGCGGGUCGCGGGGCGACCCAGGGUACUACCGCGGUGGAGGGGGAGGCGGCGACUACUUCUAUCGCGGCGGCGAGCGCGACUACUACGGGCGUGGCGGCGGGAACUACCACCCGCCGCCGAGCUACGGAGGCCCGAUGCCGCCGGCGGGUGGAGACAGAGGACCGGGCGGCGCGCCAUACUACGGCGGCGGCUCCACGCACCCGGCGCCGAUGCGCGACCGCGAGAAGCACCGGAGCCGUUCGCGGUCACCUGCGGGGACCGGGCGCGGGGGCGUGGGGAGCCGCGGCGCCCCGCGGCAGCGGCGCAACCGAGACAUAUCGACGUCGCGCGAGAGGUCGCGGUCGCGGGAGCGUCGUCGUCGGCGGAUGCAGGCGGAGUGCAUUCGUCGCGCGGGCGGGUUCCAGAAGCUCGCAGACAGCGAAGGCCACGAGCCGAUUCGUCUCUUCUGGGACGGCUUCCAGUGGGUCGCGAAGACGGGCGCGGCGUCGAACCAGGGCGGGUCGGACGCUGCGACGAUGAACAGCACGCGCAAGCUGCGGCGUCUGUACUUUGGCAACUUGCCGCUGCACCUAGGCUUGACAGAGAGCACCUUCCAAGAGGUCGUCUGGAACGAGAUGAAGGCGCGUGGAUUCUGCAAUGACCCCGAGGCGAACCCCGUGCUCUACGUCUGGUUCGCGAAGGACAAAGGCAACUACGGCUUCGUCGAGUUCUCCUCCGUCGAGGAAACCGAGCGCGCCCUCACGAUGGACGGCAUGCUCUGCAUGGGCAUCCCCCUCAAGGUCUCUCGCCCCAACGACUACUCGACCACCUCCUCUGCGCAGACGCAGGCGAUGAGCGUCAUGGGACAGCAGGCUGCCGCCAUGCUCAUCGGUCAACUCGCCGCGCCCGGAGGCCCUCCCGCAGGAACGACGCGUUUCCUGCGGAUCAUGCAGAUCGUGGAUCCGUCGACUUUGAAGGAGGAAGAGGACUACGAGGAUCUGCUGGAGGACGUGAAGGAGGGCUGCGAGAAGGCGGGCAAGAUUGUGAGCGCGCUGGUGAUUUCUCCGAAGAACAAGGCCUUGACGCCCUUCGAGCUCUGCGAUGUCGUGCUCGAGUACGGUACGCCGCAGGAAGUGGAUGCAUGCAUUGUGGCGAUGGCAGGACGCAAGUAUAUGGGCCGCCCGCUCUCCAUGGUGCGUCUGGAGGAGACGACCUUUCAGCAGUACAUUGCGCCGCUGCUGCACAAGUGA